CCGAUAUAUUUAAAGUUAGGGCACAUUCAUUAGGGAAUCUAAUAGAAGUGAACAAAGUAAUUACAAGUGUCCUCACAAGUAAGCAGCUGGAAAAGUAUAGACAAACAUGUUUUGUACACUUACUUGACAUGAAGAACCUCCGGUUCUCUGUUCAGGUAGUGCAUCACCUGCUUUGCAGACAAGUUGUGUCCAACAAUCCAGAAGUAUUGGAGUUUAACUUCGGCGGAUCUUGAGUGCGGUUUACGAAGUGGGAAUUCGCACUCAUUAGUGGCUUAAAGUUUUGUAGGUACCCUUCGAUGUAUGAUAUGCAAAUUUCCAAAGGAAAGGAGCUGCUCACGAGGUUGCUAGAUAACAGGACUGACUUGAAACUGCCCGAACUGGAACGACUAUUCAAGGGUACACUUUUUGUGGAUGAUUGGGAUGCUGUAAGAAUUGCGUUACUAUAUUUCUUAGUUCAUGGUGUACUCGGAAUGGAUCCGAAGGUUCAAAUAAAUAGAAAAUUCAUUGAUUUGGUUGCUGAUAUCGAGGUAUUUAAUUCCUACCCUUGGGGCAUUCUGAGCUACAAGGAGACGAUCAACUCAUUCCACAAUGCAUUCCAGCAUAGAGGAUGUGCAGUAAAGAAUAAAUCACAGUAUUAUGACCUAAAAUGUUUUCCAUUGGCGUUUCAGUUGUGGGGGUUUGAAGCAAUCCCUGAUUUUGGUAACCAAUUUGCCGACCGGUGGGAAACCCGUUGUCCGAGGAUCCUUGGUUGGCAUGCUACAAGUCAACCGAACCAUUUUGCUGUCCAUAAUUGGUUCACCUCAAAUAGCAAUUAUAUUGUGCACUGGAGGUUAGAUGCUACCGAUGAGGAGAAGACUAUGGAUUACCGGCGAACAAUAGCAGUUGACAUACAUGAAGUUCGCUACACGUCACCUCCACUUGUAGCACCAAUAGUUGGCGCUAAAGAUGCGUCCAAAGCUGAGGAGCAUUCUAGUGGCCCUCCAGAUGCUAAUUUCAGGGUAUGCAAUUGUUACUUGCAUGCAAAUUUGUAUUUCAUAUGUUGUACUAAUAUAUGUUGACUUAUGUUUUGGAUAUUAAUAUUGAUUAGCUUGCUUGC